AUGGAUGUUGCCGUUGAUUGGAAGAAAACUCUGGCGGGUAUUCACGGAUUGACAGCCGGCUAUGUUGACCAACGUCUACUGAAAAUCAAUGCCAAGGUAUUCCAUUCAUAUGAUUCAACAGUGUUCUGCAACAGCCUGUCAAAGUAUGUGAAGCCACUAUUACUAACUGAUUUAUAUGGAAUGCUUUUUAAUGGAGAGAUGGGAUCUGGUGACAAGCAGUCAGCUGUUCACGGUUCUGUUUCUGCUGUAAUAUCAGUUCUCAAGGAUCCUGUAAGAAGCUCAUUAAUCCAGCUAGCGCAAGAAGAAAAUCAAGCUAUAAAGAGGCAAAAACUUGAAGAGGGGAAAGCUAGACAGAUCCUUAGCAUCAAACCCCAAGAAGGAACGCACAUAUUAAAAUUUCAUCUGAAGCUCCAAAUUUUGCUCAAGAAAAUCAGGCUACAAAGAGGCAAAAACUUGAAGAGGGGAAAGCUAGACAAGAACGCACAUAUUAAAAUUACAUCUGAAGCUCCAAAAGCUCCAAAUUUUGCUCAAGAAAAUCAGGCUACAAAGAGGCAAAAACUUGAAGAGGGGAAAGCUAGACAAAUCCUUAGCAUCGAACCCCAAACUUUGCUCCAUAAAACAAGACCUGGGAAAUCUACCAGUAACUUGUACACUUCAACUGCUAAAACACGUACAGAAGACAGAAAGAUUUGUGUUCGAGAACCAGCAGCCCCAUUUAUUUCAAUGGCAGAAAUGAUGAAGACGUUCGAAUAUAGUACAAGGGAGAUGUCAAUGCCACGCUUGAAUUGUUCCAUGAUGGUAUGGCUGGAAUCAGUGCAGAGGAAAUGAGGAAUCCUAUAAGUUUACACUGACAAGGCCCAAGGAACUUGAACUUGAAACAGCUCAACGUUACCGUCCAGUAAAACUUAAGAGCUCAGCUAUGUUGGAAGAAGAAAUGAUGGCAAAAUUCCCCAAGUUUAAGGCUCGUCCUCUAAAUAAGAAGGCUCCACUCAGCUCAUUCAUUGGUAGUGGAUUUGCUGAGAUGUGGGAGGGCCUUAUACAGAAGACUAAGGAUGGAGGCUUGGAUGUUAUUGAUACCUAUGUGUUCUGGAACCUCCAUGAACAUUCACCUGGCAAUGUGUUGUUUGCUUAGGCAGCCAAAGUUAUGACCAUUUGAUGGAACUUCAUAAGGCGAUUACGUUAAGUGAGAGAGCUUUAGUUAAUGCAGAUCCGACUGUUACGCCGUUGGGAAACUAUGAACAGGCACAUGUAUUUUCUUCCAUGUCUGGUGGCUGUGCGUCUUUUCUCGCAAAUUUCCAUUUGAAUUCACCUGCCACAGUGACAUUCAAUCAGAGGCACUAUGAACUGCCACCUUGGUCAAUUAGUAUUCUUUCAGAUUGCAAAACUGCUGUCUUUAAUUGUUGGCCUUUACUUACAGAUCUUAUGUCUUUUAGGAAUUAGGAGAACAAUAUCUAUUUUCCCUC